AUCUAAGGAGGAUCCAACAUAAUUAGGUUAUUUGAGCAUUUUUCUAUUUUCUUCUUUUAGUUUCAUUUCAAAUCUUCUUGGGUGAGCUUUUCCCCGUCCUCCAGUUCUCCACCACACUAUGGCUGAGAAGGUUGGACCAGGAGGGCCCAAGCCCAUCGCCCCACGGACCACCCCUUCCCUCCCCCCAGAGCCCAUCGAUAUCAUCCGCACAAAAGCCCACUCGCGAAGGGUCCGUAUCAACGUGGGAGGGUUGAACCACGAGGUGCUGUGGCGGACCCUGGACCGCCUCCCCAGGACACGCCUGGGCAAGCUCCGGGACUGCAACACCCACGAGUCCCUGAUGGAAGUGUGCGACGACUACAGCCUGAACGAGAACGAGUACUUCUUUGACCGCCACCCCGGAGCCUUCACCUCCAUCCUCAACUUCUACCGCACGGGCAAGCUGCACAUGAUGGAGGAGAUGUGCGCGUUGUCGUUCGGCCAGGAGCUGGACUACUGGGGCAUCGAUGAGAUCUACCUGGAGUCGUGCUGCCAGGCGCGCUACCACCAGAAGAAGGAGCAGAUGAACGAGGAGCUGAGGAGAGAAGCAGAGACGCUGAGGGAGAGGGAGGGAGAGACGGAGUUUGAUAACACCUGCUGCCCAGACAAGAGAAAGAAGCUGUGGGAUCUCCUGGAAAAACCCGGCUCCUCCGUGGCUGCAAAGAUUCUGGCCAUCAUAUCUAUCCUGUUCAUAAUCCUGUCCACCAUCGCCCUGUCACUCAACACCUUACCUGAACUUCAGGUCAUUGACGAGUUCGGCCAGGCCAAUGACAACCCCCAGCUUGCCCAUGUUGAGGCUGUGUGCAUCGCCUGGUUCACCAUGGAGUACCUCCUUCGCUUCCUCUCCUCCCCCAACAAGUGGAAGUUCUUCAAGGGGCCUCUGAAUGUCAUCGACCUGCUGGCCAUCCUCCCCUACUACGUCACCAUCUUCCUGACAGAGUCCAACAAGAGCGUGCUGCAGUUCCAAAACGUCAGGAGGGUGGUCCAGAUCUUCCGGAUCAUGAGAAUUCUGAGGAUUCUGAAGCUGGCUCGACAUUCCACAGGUCUCCAGUCUCUGGGCUUCACCCUCCGGAGGAGCUACAACGAGCUAGGCCUGCUCAUCCUCUUCCUGGCCAUGGGCAUCAUGAUCUUCUCCAGCCUGGUCUUCUUUGCGGAGAAGGACGAAGACGCCACCAAGUUCACCAGCAUCCCCGCCUCCUUCUGGUGGGCUACCAUCACCAUGACGACGGUCGGUUACGGCGACAUCUAUCCGCAGACUCUCCUAGGGAAGAUAGUGGGCGGUCUCUGCUGCAUUGCCGGUGUGCUGGUGAUCGCCCUGCCCAUCCCCAUCAUCGUCAACAACUUCUCAGAGUUCUACAAGGAGCAGAAGAGGCAGGAGAAGGCCAUCAAGAGGCGGGAGGCCCUGGAGAGGGCCAAGAGGAACGGCAGCAUCGUCUCCAUGAACCUAAAGGACGCCUUCGCCCGCAGCAUGGAGCUGAUGGACGUGGUGGUGGAGAAGGGAGAAGACAAGUGCUCUCAGGACAACCACCUGACACCCAGCCGCUGGGGAGGCACGCCCAAACGCGUCGCCUCCGACACCAGCCUCAGGUCACUGGACACCAGGAACCUUGACUCUGGCCUGAUGGCCUCCCCACACCGCAUAACCAUCACCACCACUGGCAGCCCUGAGCGUUUCCCCAGGAGCCCCCAGCACCGGAGAGGCAGCCCCUUGCUCUACAGAGGCAGCCCUCAGCACCUCAAUGCCCAGACACUGGAGCAGAUGUACAACCAGAUGAGCAAGUCUCAGUCCUUCACCAACCUCAACACCAGUUCCAUUAGCACCAUGAGCACCACACAGCCUGCACCAACACAGGAAGUGGAGCUGGAGAUGAAGGAGGUCGCACCUACCUCGGAGCCUGCCCCGAAAGACAAGGUCAUCACGGAGAUCCGGAGCCUGUCGAGCGUGGACAGCUUUGCCAGCUGCACUGCUGAGCUCGGUGAAGGGGGCGACCCCAGGCCCCCUGGAGCCCAUGGAGACGGUGGUGCCCGACAUCCCAGGGCUCCUGCCUCUCUAGACCUGAGUCAGUUGACCCUCCCAGAGUCAAGGGUAGAUGAGAGCUCUGAAGAAACCCAGGGCGACGUACUGAAAGACGACUUGUGCGAGUUUGUUCCCGUCAACCCAGGUGCCGAGGUUCAGUCCCCAGAAGAGGAGAACCAGGAGGAUGGGGAGGGGAACUUUGACAGCUUUGUGGAGAACAUCAGGAGCUCGAUGAGGGGCAACAAUCCCAUGAACACCACGAGGUUGAAGGUCAAUUUCACCGAGACUCCCGAGGAGGGUCCCCUCACCCCCCCCAGCACCACGUCACCUCAGGACAUCAGCUCCAGCCUUCUGGAGGACCAAACCCCCGAGGGCGAGACCUCACCGCUCAUCCCCAGCACAGACACCCCCGAGGAGGAGACCGGCCCCUUGUCCCCUCAGAGGCUGGUGGUGGACACCCCUCCAGGAGAUGAUGACCCCCUCAACCAGAGUUUGUUGGCAGAGAACCAUGAGGAGAAGAACCUGAUGCAGGUGGCAGGUGCUGCUGUUGGUUCCUCGUCAGCACAAAACUGCACCCAGGGUGUGGUGGGAGCCAGUGCGGAGUGCAAAGCUGACAGCAACCAAAGUGGACACAAAGUAGAGAACCACAUGUUUACACCUGAGAUCUACCUGAUUCCUGGCGAUGGGACGCUCUCCCCCACCUGUGAAACCAGCAUGUGACUGUAGUGGGGGGCCGUCGGGGGGAAAACUCCCCAGGGAGAAUGCCUGGUGUGGAAGAAGACAGGAAGAGAAACAAAGGGAGAGGGUGCAGCGAUGUAGUUAAAGAUAUUUUUGCAUGGCAUGACAAGUCCCUUUUUCUUGUGUCAUUGUGUUUCGCUGAACGUGAGACUGCAGCACUGUUGCAGAGUAAGGCAGACUUUGUGGGAGAAAACGGUGGGCUCAAAGAAGAAACUCUUGCGAAACCAAGAGAAUUUAGCAAAGUAUAUCGACAUUUUAAAUAUCCUAAUGUAAAUAUGGACCGUAUCUUUCUUUUAUAGCAACAGAGAGAAAUGCACAGAGGGAACAUAAAAAGCAUGCAUUUAAAAAUGUGUUAUUUUAUGGUGCUUAGUUUGCUGUAAGCGCUCCACUAUAAAUACUAUGACAACAAAGGUAAUGCCAAUGCACAGGAUGGCUAAAGAAAAGUAUUUCAAAUGCGAAGAGGGAGAUUGCAUUCAGAGACCUCAGAGAAUGUUGCAACGUAGCGACCUAUAAAAAACAUAUCAUUACCCUUUUGUGGAAAUGCAAUGUGUACCAUGACAACACUAUGAUGUUUUGUGUUCUGAAUUCUGUAUGGCAAUUAAUGUUAACAUUCUUGUCUAUGGUUUGCAUAAUACUUGGUUUUGUUUUGUUUUACUGUCCUGAUAAGAACUUGUGAGAACUUAAUGACCGUCACACUUUAUUUGGAUAGAAGGAUUAAACCCCCUUCAUUCCACAACUGAGUACACACCUGUAGUUGCCAAAUACAUAACCAGUGACGAAAAGAACUUCAGACGCUUCAGCUUAACUUAAUUACUAACUUAAAUGUAUUGCAUUCAGAGGUUAGGACCAGGGGAUUAAAUAUUAUAUAUUUGGUUGAUUAAAAUGACAUAGUCUGGUCCACUUAUUUGCUUUCUGUCUGCAUUAUUUACUUGCUGAUUUCAGAUAUCUUAAAGUAGUUUUAAUAAUUACACAACAGAAAAGUAGGCCUAUUCUAGAUCAGCUGUAGAGCUUUCAAGUAGAGCAGAAAAGGUCUAUAAAAAUAUGAUGUGUAUCAAUUAAAUUACUGUAGGUCUCAUUAUCCUUAAGGUGUUCUUACUGUAGGCCUCUCUUUGACAGAUGCAACAAUAAUAGUCUAAUACAGGAAAUAAAUAUGAUAAUAUGCUGUCAGAUUUACUGUCAGAGGACCAAAACUAUAAUAUUAUCAUGCUUUGUCAUCUUAUUGUCAUCUGUCAGUACAUCCUCUCUGCUCAACAACAUUAAGUGUAAUGUGUAGAUGACUUCAACUUGAUUGUUCUCAUUAGGUUUGUCUGUGACUUCAGCACCAUAUCCUCUUCUGUCAGAUACUGUACUAUCCGUCUGUUAAAGUACAUACACCUGCAAGUUUAUCCAACCCUGCUCUUUCUUUAAGACAUUUUUGUAUAUAUCUGUAGUGUCUUGAAAUGUACAUUAUUGUGUUUUACCGUGAACAAAACAAGA